AUGAUCGAACUCGAGUACCACCGACUGCUGGCCAAGUAUAAUGUAUUGAAGAGUAGUUUCUUCGGUGACGUUCCGGUGAUACCGGACGCGAGUGAGCCCAUGGUAGACUCAUAUAACCUUGUGCUGGUGGACGCACACAGUCACAACUUCAAGGACAACUAUCUGCACGCUACCGAGAGCGGCGGUGAGAAGGCCGCUGCAGUGCUCAAACAAGCGGUCACCGAGUACCUUAUGAAGCAACAAUCCAGCAGGGAGACAUGUGACAUGAAGAUUUGUGUAUACGCCAACCUUAAAAAGCUGUCGGUCGAAGCCACAAAUCAAUACGCUGCCCGAAAUCGAAGUUUCGGAAAACCCACCUUCCCACGCAGCCUUGGGGGGUUUGCCGCAGGCUUCUCUCGUGGUCAUGUUUCUGUCGACUACGUUGAUGUAGCUGAUGAUGAGGCUGUCGAGCGUAAAAUUUGUGGAUUGUUCGAGAUGCAUGUCAAGGACCCUGCUUGCAGCCAGAUUUUGUUUUGCGCGAGUGGCAGCGCCCAGUAUAUGCGCAUACUUAAGAAGCAUGUUUCGUUCGCCAGGAAGAUAACUAUUAUCCAGAGAGGCAUUGAAGAUACUAGUCUCACUAAUCUGGGUCUACGGAAUGUAACAUUUCCGCAAAUCUUUGAGUCAUUGGGCGGGAACGAGGCUGCCUCAAAAUAUUUGAAAGAAACACGCAACGGCUUCGGAGUGACCUCUAAAGCCACGGCUAACCGGAUACGUAUGCCGCCCGCCCCAACAGUUUGUCUUCCUAAGCACAGCGCAUCUGAAACCAUACCGAUCAACGCGUCCGGCGAUCGUAUUGAUAAACACAUGGAAGUACCCACUAAGGCGCAGUGGAGAGAGUAUGAAACCUGCAUUGCUACAAAAAAGCUAUGCAAUAUGUUCUACUCGGGCCACGGGUGCAGCGCCAAACCUUGUCUAUACUACCAUGGCCAAAUUAGCGCCAACGAACGUCACUGUCUCAAAUAUCUGAUGAGAGCGCUUCCAUGUCGCAAUGCCGGAAAAUGCCGCGAUGCAUUCUGCACGAGAGGGCAUAUGUGUCACUACAAAGAGUGCAAGAAAGGCAGAGUUUCAUAUUGUAAAAUGCCUUCUUCACACCAUGGGAUCGAUCCGAAUGUUCAGGAUUGGAUCGCACUGAAUGAGAAUUUCGGUAGGGAACAACACAGUGAACAACACCAUGAAGGACCUGAUCCUGAUGGUGGUGCAACUGAGGCCAUGCUCAUAGAGGUCUGA